UUUUCAUAAUAUUUACCGUCGCACUGCAUUAAUUUAUUUCAUCGAGUACCCAGUUGAUCGGCAUUUUCAAUCACAAGAAGCAUUUUUCAAAUCGAACGAAAGCCGGAGAAUGUAAAAAUGUUAAAUUACAUCAAGAGGCACACCAGCCGACGUCGCAGCAGCCAAGAUGCCACGGAUGCCAGUUGUGGCCAAAUGCCAGCGUAUGAUGUGGACUCCCCCGACGGAGCUGCAGAUGGAGCCAUGGCUCACAAACGCCACUCGCUGCGCUCCACAACCAGUUUCUGCGACGAAGUGUUCCUAGAAGCGGAGGAGGAGGGGGGCGUGGGAUCUGCCGGAGGAGGAGCAGGAGGAGGAGCCCCCUCCGAUGGCAUCAGUCUCGCCAGCAACGAUGACAUUUUCACCUACAACUCACGCCUCUCCAUGAAUCUCGCUUCCAUCGUCAACGAUCCGAACUGCCUGAGCUUCUUUGUUCAGUAUCUGGAAACCCGACAGGCGCUGCCGCUGAUCAAAUUCUACUUGGACAUUGAGAACUUUAAGCGGGCGGCGCUUACGCAAGAAAAGGAGGAGCCCGAGGACCCUCCACGGAAGGCGAUGGAACAAUCUUCUCCGCACAAAGAUGACAAAGAUGUACCUGAAUUGAAGACGCUGUGCGAUCUGUCCAUGCGCAAACCCCUCACAGACGACGAGAAGAGCCGCAUUUAUGCGGAGACGAACAAACAAAUCAAUAGGCAAAAGUCUGGGACGGAAUGUGUGAUGAACUCCGAACUAUCGCGGGCCAGCAUCAGCGAUGCCAUUGCCAUAUACCAAAAGUAUCUGAUAGUGAACGCCAGCCUGCAAGUGGAGCUGCCCAUCGUCAUCCUCGCGCAUAUAUCGCUGCUCCUUUGUGGAAGGGAUAAAUCCGAGUGUAGCAAACCAAUCCCGGCCAACUGCUUUGACGAAGCUAGAGAGUUUGUGCUGGAGCAACUGGAGCGGGAUCAUGUGCAGGGAUUUUUGCAAAGCGGCUACUACUCUACAUACUGUUUGGAGUUGAUCGAGGGCGGAUCUAUAAAUAUCUACGACGUCUUGAACAGCGAACUGGCUUUGUUCUACUUUACCGAGUACCUGGAACAGCGACAAGAACGGGAAUGCCUGGAGUUCUGGAUCACCGGCAUUAACUUUCGCAAGAGCUUUGCUUCUGGCGAAGAGAAGGAGGAGGAUCGCAAGGCAGCGCAAAGCGAUGCCAUGAUCAUAUACGACAAAUACUUCUCCCUCCAAUCCGAAUGCCGCCUAUGGAUGUCCCAGAAGCUUCGCUUACGUGUGGAACAAGCAAUCUGUGCUCCAGGUGAACAGUGGCAAGCCUUCGAUUUGGCCCUUUUAGUAACGGCCAAGUAUUUGGAGCAAAAGUAUUUCGUUGACUUUCUUAAGUCGCACAUCUUUGAUAACUACGUGAAUGAACUGAAGGUUAAGAGAGAUAUUUCCACCCCUCAUCCGAAUCUCCAAAAAAAGCUGAGCCUGAGAAGAGCUGCGAAAUCCUCCAACGCCCAACAGCGACAUCGAAAAACUCUAUCCAUGUCCGACUGCACGCACAUUUCUCAGCACAACACACUGCUGGCUUCCAUGGAUCAAGCGCCUUCAAAAACAGGGAUUAAUCAUCAGUCUGGAAAUCUCAACAUCGAUGCUAGGCAACUGACGAAUCCCCAACUGUUGUGGCAGCGUCCUACGGGCGCACUGAAAUUCGGGUUUGUUAACUCAUUGGGACGCUAUGAGCGGGACUUCGAGGCCGUGGAUGCUGUGGCCCUGAAAUCGCAACCGUGGUCACUGACUGUCAGCGGAAACAAGCUUAAAAAUGCUAUGAGAAAGCUGGUGAACCUGCCGGAGGAUAAUGUGCAAGAGGAGAUUGCUUGGCAGGUGGCCGAAAUGAUUGUUAGGGAUGUUACGAGUGUCACUCUUAGUGGCAAGACUCCCCCGCUGGCCUGAUGUGCUUAACCAUUACGGAAUUUAUUUCUUACUUAUUCUCAUUUUUAAAAUUACUUUUUACGCCCGAAUCAAAGCGAGAAUCUCCCCAACAUGUGCACAAAAUUAAGUCGCAACAGAAGCUCUCUAGUACGCUCUCUUAUGUACAAAUUGUGUUGAACAAAUCAAACAUUUUUUCUUUAACUUAUUUUAAUUAUUUCUAUGAGCUUUGAAAGCGCAUUAUUAACUAAACUAUUGCUCGCUCAUUUGUUAUUUACAGCAACAAACCACAAAACUAAAACAGAAACAGAAGCUAAGUUACUUCAUUCCGUUUUAAUAUGAUUAAACAAUUGUAUUAAAUAAUGUAUUUGAAUAUGAAUAUUUUUGCAUACUGAUGAUACAAAACCAAGGAAAAUUUAUUGUUAUUAAUAAACUUUUUCAGUAACCACACUUCCUAUUUGCGAUUAUUAUACC